AUGAGCAUCCCCGAGUCCACCUACGCUGGCGCCAAGCCCACGAACGCACUCGUGACGCCGCUCCUCACGGACCUCUACCAGAUCACCAUGGCGUACGCCUACUGGAAGGUCGGCCGUCACACGGAAGACGCGACGUUCGACCUCUUCUUCCGCAAGAACCCGUUCAAGGGCGAGUUCACGGUCUUUGCUGGCCUCGAAGAGGUGCUCUUCUUCCUCAACGCGUUUAAGUUUACCGAGUCGGAUGUGGCGUACCUGCGCGACGUCAUGCCGCAAGGCACGGAGGCUGGCUUCUUUGACUGGCUCCUCUCGCUCGACUGCUCCAACGUCAAGAUCUACGCCUUGAAGGAAGGCACUAUUGCGUUCCCGCGUAUCCCUGUUCUGCGUAUUGAGGGCCAUCUCGGCAUCACGCAGCUCCUCGAAACGGGCCUCCUCAACCUCCUCAACUAUGCCAGUUUGAUCGCGACGAACGCCGCGCGCUUCAUCAAGGCGGCUGGCAAAGACAAGACGCUCCUCGAGUUUGGCUUGCGCCGCGCGCAGGGCCCGGACGGCGGCAUCUCGGCGUCGCGCUACUCAUACAUGGCGGGCUUCCACGGCACGAGCAACGUCCUCGCCGGCAAGCUCUUUGGCAUCCCGAUCAAGGGCACGCACGCGCACGCGUUCGUGCAGGCGCACCGCUCGCUCGACGACGUCAAGCAAACGAUGCUCAACGGCGUCGACUUCAAGGCGCUCACGCUCCAGUACCGCGCUAAGCUCAAUGCCGACAACACCAACGACGGCGAGCUUGCGGCCUUCAUCUCGUAUGCGCUCGCGUUCCCGCAGGCCUUCUUGGCGCUCGUCGACACGUACGAGACGCUUUCGUCGGGCGUGCCCAACUUUUUGGCCGUCGCCCUCGCCCUCCACGAUCUUGGCUACAAGGCGCAAGGCAUCCGCCUCGAUUCGGGCGACCUUGCGUACCUCUCCAAGGAGGCGCGUCGCCACUUCAAGGCCGCGGCCGCCAAGUUCAAUCUCCCGGACUUUGCUAACUUUAACAUUGUCGCGUCCAACGACAUCAACGAAGCCGUCCUCAACUCGCUCAACGACCAGGGCCACGAGAUCGACUCGUUUGGCAUCGGCACGCACCUCGUGACGUGCCAGGCGCAGCCGGCGCUCGGCAUGGUCUACAAGCUCGUCGAGAUCGGCGGCCAAGCGCGCAUCAAGCUCUCGCAGGAGACGCGUUCCGCCUCGUCGGCGCCAACGGCAGCCCGAUCCUCGACCUCAUGA